GGCUGGCUGGCUGGCUGGCUGCUGGAGCGGGCGGCGAAGGGAGCGGAGGGAGCGUGCGGCCCGGGGACUCGCAUUCCCCGGUCCCCCCUCCGCCCCACGCGGCUGGGCCAUGGACGCCAGAUGGUGGGCAGUGGUGGUGCUCGCCGCGCUCCCUUCUUUGGGAGCAGGUGGGGAGUCACCCGAAGCCCCUCCGCAGUCCUGGACACAGCUGUGGUUCUUCCGCUUUUUCUUGAACGCUGCUGGCUAUGCCAGCUUUAUGGUACCUGGCUACCUCCUGGUGCAAUAUUUAAGACGGAAGAACUACCUGGAGACAGGCAGGGGUCUCUGCUUUCCCCUGGUGAAAGCCUGUGUGUUUGGCAAUGAGCCCAAGGCCUCUGAUGAGAUUCCACUGGCUCCCCGGACAGAAGCAGCGGAUACUACGCCCUCUUGGCAGGUCCUGAAGCUGGUCUUCUGUGCCUCAGGGCUCCAGGUGUCCUAUCUGACUUGGGGUGUGCUGCAGGAGAGAGUGAUGACCGGCAGCUAUGGGGCCACAGCCACAUCACCAGGAGAGCAUUUCACCGACUCACAGUUCCUGGUGCUAAUGAACCGUGUGCUGGCACUGAUUGUGGCAGGUCUCUACUGUGUCCUGCGCAAGCAACCCCGCCAUGGUGCACCCAUGUACCGGUACUCUUUUGCCAGUCUGUCAAACGUGCUUAGCAGCUGGUGCCAAUAUGAAGCGCUUAAGUUCGUCAGCUUCCCUACCCAGGUGUUGGCCAAGGCCUCCAAGGUGAUUCCUGUCAUGAUGAUGGGAAAGCUGGUGUCCAGGCGAAGCUAUGAACACUGGGAAUACCUGACUGCAGGCCUCAUCUCCAUUGGGGUUAGCAUGUUUCUGCUGUCCAGCGGACCAGAACCCCGAAGCUCUCCAGCCACCACGCUCUCAGGCUUGGUCCUCCUGGCAGGCUACAUCGCUUUUGACAGCUUCACCUCAAACUGGCAGGAUGCCCUGUUUGCCUAUAAGAUGUCCUCAGUGCAGAUGAUGUUUGGGGUCAAUCUCUUCUCCUGUCUCUUCACAGUAGGCUCACUACUGGAGCAGGGCGCCCUACUGGAGGGAGCCCGCUUCAUGGGGCGGCACAGUGAGUUUGCACUCCAUGCCCUCCUCCUCUCCAUCUGCUCUGCCUUCGGUCAGCUCUUCAUCUUCUACACCAUUGGACAGUUCGGAGCUGCCGUCUUUACCAUCAUCAUGACACUCCGCCAGGCUAUCGCCAUCCUUCUCUCCUGCCUCCUCUAUGGCCACACUGUCACUGUGGUGGGGGGGCUGGGAGUGGCUGUGGUCUUCACUGCCCUCCUACUUAGAGUCUAUGCCCGGGGCCGGAAGCAGCGGGGAAAGAAGGCUGUGCCAACUGAGCCCCCGGUGCAGAAGGUAUGAGGAGUGGAGUGAAGGACCCUCACUUUUUCUGUAGCUUCUCAGAGGCUCUGGCUCAAGGGCAGAAUAUUUUCUCAAUAUCCAGCAGAGGAUUGGAACCCUGGAGGCAGCCUCUUGCCUUAAGAGCCCCACCUAUUUUCCUUGAAGUGGCAGUUAUGGGUCGGGAGUUACAGUGGUAAUCCAGAUGGAGCUCCUCUCCCAACCCGAGGUCUCGGUUUUAGCUGGCAGACCUGUGAACCAGCACCAGGCCUUUGCUUUUUUUCCCUUUCUAACAC